AUGGCAGGAGAGAAAUGCGAGUUUGAGCAAACUUUUUCUUUUAGUCCUCUUCCCUCCAAGAAGCUCUCUUUCCUCCAGGACAGAGACACUUUAGCGCUGUUAAUGAAAUGGUCCAUGCUGGGGAGGAUGUCAGCUCAGUCUUACAGCUUUGACCAGAGCUUUUACCCUUACAGCAGUGAAAGGUUUGCGCUGUGUUUCUUCAGAGAUCCGGAUGUGGUAUCCAGUCUGUCCACAGAGAUGAAGGCCGGGGCCUGGGUGCCUCUUGACGGACCAGUGGUGUCUGUUGAUGUGGAGCCGGUGCCGUGCACUAAGGUCUCCAUGGAGCUGUUUGACCCAAUCUACACUUGUGGGAUCCUGAGGCCCUCCGGACAUGUAGUUAAAUGCUUUCAUGAUGUCUACCCCGACUUUGAUGAACUCAGACAGAUGUUGCAGGAAGAGGACUCUGAGCACUACUAUGUGGUCAGGAGAGAGGAGCGGGCAGAGUUUCUGUUUCGCCUCUUCAGGCACCUCUGUUUCGGAGGAGAGCUCUGUCAGUACGAAGACACCAUUGAUCCUUACAUUAGCACCACAAAGCAGAUCUACAAAGACCUGAUCAGUGUUCAGAAGGAUCCAGAGACAAAGAAGAUCAGCGUUGUCUCCACAGUCCUCAAAGUCUGUGUUUAUGAUGAGUCUGGUCGAUGUUACCCCGGAAGACAAGAGGAGGAGCAGACGUUUGCCUAUUUGAUUGUCGACCCCGUCAAACGACACGUGACUUUGUUCUACCACUUCUAUGGUGUAGGAAACUUCACACUGUGACGCAGGUGAACAUGUGUCUGUGCAAACAAAUGAACUCUUGAGCUUAAAGAAGGAGAUCACU